AUGCAUUUCGCGUCUUUCAUCGUCGCUGUAGCCGCAGCCAUCCGCGUUGCGCAUGCGGAUUUCAUGGUCUACACAGUGCCACCGAUCCCGACUGAUCAGAUCCCGUCUUUCACAGAUCCAGCAGAGGCUUCAGGUUGGACCUUCAGCGUCCUCGUAAAUGGAAACCGCGCCUACGAUAGAUUCACCAGCGGCCUCGGAUCCACAUACCAAUCGUCGCGAUCAUCCGCUGCCUCCGAGAUAGCCGCCUUCGCACGAAGCGCCUCGAACUACUCGAUCCCCGCUGAUGUGACCAACGAUGGCACCACAACUACCUUCUUCUCGAAGCCGGACUGGUAUACGGCACUGCCAAGCAGCGCACGAGCAUUCAAGGAGCAGCAGGUCUCCGACCAGUUCAGUAUCGUUAGAUCAAUCAUCGGCCGAACGGCGGCGACUGCAAGCUCCACUGGUGCAGCUGUGCCAACGGCGCAAGCGUUCCUGGAUGCGAAGUUCGGCGUCAUGGCAGCUGCCGCUGCGGCGGUCUUCUUGUAG